AUGCUCGAAUUGAACGUCUCGCAAGCUGGCGUCGCUCGCGUAGCUGUGGCAGGGCGAUCCUCCCUCCGGAUGAGGGAGAUCUCUAGCCUCCUAGGGCAGCGCCCCAAGAUGAACAUGUUCUACCCGUGGGCGUGCAAGAUGAUCGUCAAGUCGCCCCCCCACCUUGUGGCGAACGGUGUCUCACCCACGGGCGAGAUGGCGGCCUUCCUCGGCAUCUCGCGUACUUCGCCCGGCUGGAAGUACGUCAUCACCGAGGGUCCGCGCAAGGGGCACAUCGGCACCACCACGCAGGCGACCUUCUGCGUCAACGAGCUCUGGAACGGCAUCGAGUACCUCCCGCUCGUCGUCGUCAUCCUCGUCGUCUUCACCCCCUGGCACGUGAUCGUCUGCGUGCGGUGGCGAGGGAGGCGGGGAGGACGUACCGAGGUGGUCGAGUUCCAUCGUGUCUCCGUCGAGGCGGAGAAGCGCGGCAAGGGCAAGAAGGGCAAGAAGAAGAAGAAGGGCGGCGGGAGCGGCGGCGCUGGGCCGUCGCAGGAGAAAGAGGCGCCGGCGGAGGCAGCCGCAGCCAAGCCCGCGCCGUUGGACAGGGAGGGGCUGCUCCGGCUUCUCGCGGAGCUCCACGAGGACAGGAUCCGGUUCGGCAUCACGCCGGAGACGUCGGCCGAGGCGGCAGGCGAAGCGAGCGAGGAGGAGACGGCGGAGGCGGCGGACAACGGAUGCUUGGCGGCCUUGCUCGACCGUUGGGAGUCGGUGGCCAGCGACGACGACGGCUCGGCGUGUGCCUCGAGGGACGUGUGGGGGCGGACGCCAUUGCACUGGGCGGUCGUCAACGGCCACCGCGAGGCGAUCGUCACGCUCGUCGAGGCUGGGAGCGACAUUGCGCUGCGCGACAAGCAGCACGAGUCGGCCCUCGACCUCGCCGAGCGGAGGGCGACCUGCCACGCGCUGACGGUCAGCUUGCUCAAGCUGAUGUUGCCGCGCGACCACGCCGACUACAGCUCCUUCCACCCGGAGGGCCUGAUGGACCUCUGUACGCACGAGGUGCUCCGGCACGCCGAGAGGCUGAAGCUCGGCGCCGAGGAGCGCGAAGCCUUCCUCGCGCUGAGCCCCGCGGACCAUGUGAUGACAAUUGACGAGCUAAAUGCGCGGGAUGAGGGUCGCCUCUAG